AGCAUUUGACUUCCGCUCCACCAGAGGAGGCUGGAAUAGACGUUUCCCCAGUAGAGGCCCACGGCUGGCUAGUCAACUUCGACAAAAGCCAUCUACAACCAACCCAACGCCUGCAGCAUCUAGGGGCAAUGUUAGACACACUGCAAGCGACUGUAUUCCUGUCCCCAGAUCGCAUCACCGCUAUCACAGACAUCGCAAGGUCUCUGAUGCACAAAUCUUCUGCAGAUGUCAUGCUUCUAGCCAGGGCUCUCGGAAUGUUGGUAUCCACCAUCCAUAUUGUGCCAUGGGCUCGGGCACAUACGCGCCAGCUACAGUGGGCCCUGUUGCCAUUCCAACACGACAUUGCCAACUCAAACCAUCGAGCAAUCCCCCUGAGUCCCACACUGCGCUUGUCUUUCCGCUGGUGGACAAGGGUACAACAUCUCACCCAAGGCACUCCGUUCAGAGAACCCCACCGGACUGUCAUUACCACCGAUGCCAGUCUCCUGGGUUGGGGAGCCCACUGCAACUCCCAGUUCGUUCAGGGAGUUUGGAACACAGCAGAACAAACUCAAAACAUCAACUGGCUGGAACUAAAGGCUGUCCACUUAGCUCUGCUUCAUUUUCAGUCUCUCUUCCACUUGGACCAUGUCCUCAUUCGAACGGACAACACGUGUGCCAAAUCUCAUUUAAACAGACAGGGAGGCACCAGGUCCAGACCUCUACAGAGCCUAGCUUCCAUCAUAUUCGACUGGGCAGAACAACAUCUGCAAUCCCUCAAAGCAGAACAUCUCAGAGGAAUUUGGAAUUUCACAGCAGACUGGCUCAGUAGACAACAAGUCUUUCCGGGAGAAUGGAAACUUCAUCCGACUGUGUUCCAUCUUCUCCAGCGUCGAUUCGGCCCCUUCUCAGUCGACCUCUUUGCUUCCAGUCGCAAUUGCCAGCUACCCAGGUACUUCGCUCGAUACCUGGACACGACAGCGGAAGCGGUGGAUGCUCUGUCAUUGCCGUGGCCGGAGGGACUAUUAUACGCCUUCCCUCCAAUACCACUAUUAGCCAAAACCUUGCAGAAGGUACGUCGCGAGAGGGCACAGCUGGUUCUGAUAGCACCAUAUUGGCCCCGUCGACCGUGGUUCUCGGAUCUCCUGGCACUGUCGGUGACGGAUCCCUGGCCACUCCCAGUCAGGCCAGAUCUCUUAUCACAAGGCCCAGUAUGGCAUCAGGACCCCAAGUGGCUCAACCUAACAGCGUGGCAUUUGAACGGGGACAUUUGAGAUCAGCCAGCCUGUCAGACGCUGUUAUUUACAUUAUUUUGGCCUCGAGAAGACCAUCCACCACUCGUAUAUAUCAGCAUACUUGGGUAGCAUUCUCCAGGUGGUGUCAGUCUCAACACAUCGAUCCUUCCAAGGCUACAGUACAACAAGUGCUGCUAUAUCUUCAUAGGGGCCUCAUGUUGGGACUUAGACCCAACACAUUACGUCGACAUGCGUCCACCCUGUCGUCCAUUCUUUCAGUAUCUUCCACUGACGCCCCUAUUGC